AUGGCUGCAGUUGCGAUGAAAGAAGAGGUGAAGGCGACACCCGCUGUCAUUGAGAGAGGCGAAGAAGAGGAGCAUUCGUUGCAGACCAAGUGGUCGCUCUGGUACGACAAGAAGAUGCCGAAGAAAAUUGAUGUCGGAACGUACCAGUCGAACUUGCAGAAAAUUGCCACCUUUGGCACAGUGGAAGGCUUUUGGCGCCACUAUAUCCACGUGAAGCGUCCGUCGCAGCUGAGCCGCGAUGUGAAUCUGUAUCUGUUCCGUGAUCAGCCGAAUUGUGCCCCCAUGUGGGAGGCGUUCCCGCAGGGUGGCUGCUGGAUCCUCAAGAUCAAGAAGAAAGCAAAUGUGCUUGGAAAGAUGUGGCAAGAUCUGGUCUUUGCCGCAAUCGGCGAGGCUUUCGAAGAAAUUGAUGUCGUGGGUAUCGCAAUGGCUAUUCGCUCGAAGGAGGACAUGCUGUCUGUCUGGAAUGCCGACAACUCGGAUGACAGUACGCGCUUCGCCAUUGGGGAAAAACUGAAGGAAAUCCUCAUGUUGGACUCCAACACGCUGAUCGAAUACAAGUUCCACGCGAACUCCAUUCGGGACAUGUCGACCUUCCGCAAUGCCAAGCCGUAUGUCUUUGCUGCCACGAAGCCGGCCGCGGCUAACUAA